GAAACUGGAGAGGUGGCACCCCAGCGAGGGCCACCAUGGGGGACCAGAGGCUGCAGGACUGGCUGAGGUCCCCGGGCAUGGACUCCAAGCCCUCGUACUGUAACAAACGGCCUUCCAAGUGCUUCGCGAAGUGCAAGCACAGGCGCCUGAGGUUCCCACCCAUGGACACCCAGAACUGGGUAUUUGUGAAGGAGGGCAUGGACGACUUCCGCUACGGCUGUCCGUCUCCCGAAGAUACGCUCGUUUGUCGCCGUGACGAGUUUUUACUCCCCAAAAUAUCUCUCAGAGGUCCCCAAGCUGACCCCAAAAGCAGGAAGAAAAAGCUGCUCAAGAAAGCGGCCCUAUCUUCCAAGCUCUCUCCAGCCCAGCUAGCACGGAAGGCGUUCGUAGAGCAAGUGGAAGCCCAGCUAAUGGCCAAGCAUCCCUUGGCCAUGUACCCCAAUCUGGGAGAAGAUAUGCCUCCAAAUCUCCUACUACAGGUGCUGAAACACCUGGAUCCUGAGAAGGAGCUGGAGGACGCUUGGGCUCGUUGUGAGACCCAGGAGAAGACAACAGAGGUACCCACUGAGCCUGGUGAAUAUCCCUGUGGGGAAUUCUGCCUGAAGCCUCCCGAGACUCCGGUGUCCCAUCUCCUCCCAGAGCCUCCCGAGACUGAAGUGUCCCAUCUAAGCCCGGAGCCUCCCAAGACUCCGGUGUCCAGUCUCCGCCUGGAGCCUCCUGAGACUGGAGUGUCCCAUCUCCGCCCGGAGCCUCCAGAGACUGGAGUGUCCCAUUUUCGCCCGGGGCCUCCCAUCACUCGUCGGAGAUCCAGUCUCCUAAGACAGCUGCUGAAACUGGAUUCUGAGAGGAAGCUGGAAGACGCACGGGCUCCUUGUGAGGGCCGGGAGAAGACAACCGACGAACCCACAGAGCCUGGUAAAUACCCUUGUGGGAAAUUCUGUCCGCGGCCUUUCGAGACUCCACUGUCCCAUCUCCGCCAGGAGCCUCCCAAGACUCCGGUGUCCAGUCUCCGCCUGGAGCCUCCGGAGACUGGAGAGUCCCAUCUCCGCCUAGAGCAUUCCAAGACUCGUCGGGGGUCCAGUCUCCGCUCGGAGCCUUCCGAGACUGGAGUGUCCCGUCUCCGCCUAGCGCCUCCCAAGACUCGUCGGGGGUCCAGUCUCUACUCGGAGCCUUCCAAGACUGGAGUGUCCCAUCUCAGCCCGGAGCCUCCCAAGACUGAAGUGUCUCAUCUCCACCCAGUGCCUCCCAAGACUGGAGUGUGCCAUCUCCGCCUGGAACCUCCCGACACUAGUCGGGUGUCCAAUCUCCUACUAUACAUACUGAAAGUGCUGGAUUCUGGGAGGACGCUGAAGGACGUAUGGGAUCGUUGUGAGGCCCGGGUGAAGAAAACUAAGGAACCCACCGAGCCUGAUAAAGCCCCUUGUGGGGAACCCUGCCUGCAGCCUCCCGAGACUCAGGUGUCCCAUCCCCACCCGGAACAUCCCAAGACACGUCGGAGGUCCAGUCUCCACUUGCAGCCUCCCAAGACUCGUCGGACGUCCAGUCUCCGCUCAGAGCCUCCCAAGACUCGUCGGACGUCCAGUCUCCGCUCGGAGCCUCCCAAGACUCAUCGGAGGUCCAGUCUCGGUCCGGAGCCUCCCAAGACUCGUCGAGUGUCCAGUCUCCGCCCGGAGCUUCCCAAGAGUCGUCGGGUGUCCAGUCUCCGCCCAGAGCCUCCCAAAGCUUCAGAGUCCCAUCAGUUCUCGGAGCCUCCCAAGAUUCGAGGAUCCUACAUAAAAGAACUGCUUCAAGAAGAUACACCAAGCACAAAAGAGUGCAUUUCUGACUCUCUUCAAUAUAGAUACACAUCGGAAAAACUCCGUGAAUUCUUCAAGUGGGCUGGAGACCUGGGAGCUGAUGAAGAAUCCAUCAGGAAUCUGUUUGACUUUACCCCCAAGUACAGAGCAACCCAUGAGGACCAAAAGUUUAAGAAGGUAAAGGAGUGUUCCUCAGAGCUGAAGUACAGCAUGGAGCUAGAUGAAAAGGAUGAGGACAAAUUCUUCUCACAAGAAAAAUACUGGGGCAGGAAAUUCCACACGCCAUCGAAUUCCUAUACCGCACAGCGUGUGAAGAUGAAGUAUGGAGCAUGGUACCUCAAGCCUAAGUUGUGGAAAAAGCUAAGAAGUGAUGAACCUUUGAUUGACCCCAAGCUCUUACUUAAAAAGCCUGAUGAACCUGACGUUCUUGACGAUCUUUAUGGACCAAUUGCCUUUAAGGAUUUCAUUCUAAGCAAGGGCUAUGAAAUGCCUGGAAUCCUUGAAAGGCUGUUUGCCAGGAAGGGAUGGACUUAUGACUCUGUUAAGACUCCUAUUCAACGUGCAAUGAUAUUUUACAAGUACAAAGAAAUCGUAGAGGCAUCGGAAGAAGAUUAGGCAGUUUUCAAUUUACUACUCAAUUGGGUAUUUCUUGCUCUCAUUUUAAUCAUCAAUCAUAAUUUAUGAUGACUGGCCCCAUGGAUGUACAACUUUGGCAACAUCUGUAAAUUCAAUACCUAAUGUUUAUAAAUAUUUCUUAAUGACCUGC